CCACGCGACACGGCAUCACACAGAGAUCUUGUUGGUCAUCAUAUCGACAUCAUCUCCAAACGAUUUUGUUUAUCGUAAACUGUUGUGAUUUAGCCGAAUAUUUUAUAUUUUUAUCAUGCGUGAGUGUAUUUCUAUCCAUGUCGGUCAGGCCGGAUGUCAGAUGGGCAAUGCAUGUUGGGAGUUGUACUGUUUAGAACAUGGUAUCCAGCCUGAUGGUCAGAUGCCAUCAGAUAAAACUAUUGGAGGUGGAGACGAUUCCUUCAAUACUUUCUUCAGUGAAACAGGAGCUGGUAAACAUGUACCUAGAGCUAUCUUUGUAGAUCUGGAACCUAGUGUUGUUGAUGAAGUACGAACUGGUACAUACCGUCAACUGUUCCACCCUGAACAACUCAUCACUGGUAAAGAAGAUGCCGCCAAUAAUUACGCUCGAGGUCACUACACGGUCGGUAAAGAAAUCGUUGAUUUGGUCCUUGACAAAAUCAGAAGAUUAGCUGAUAGUUGCACUGGUCUUCAAGGUUUCCUUAUCUUCCAUAGCUUCGGUGGAGGAACCGGGUCUGGUUUUACAUCCCUGCUCCUUGAGAGAUUAAGUGUAGAUUAUGGCAAGAAAUCUAAACUCGAAUUCGCCAUUUACCCAGCUCCCCAGAUAUCCACUGCCGUGGUUGAACCAUACAACGCUAUUCUCACCACCCAUACAACGCUGGAACAUUCAGAUGUCGCUUUCAUGGUUGACAACGAAGCUAUUUACGACAUUUGUCGACGUAACCUUGACAUUGGUAGACCAACUUACACCAACCUCAACAGAAUCAUCUCGCAGGUUGUAAGUUCUAUCACAGCUUCUCUCCGAUUUGAUGGCGCCCUGAAUGUUGAUUUAACUGAAUUCCAGACCAACUUGGUGCCUUAUCCUCGGAUACAUUUCCCACUUGCUACGUAUGCACCUAUUGUGUCUGCUGAGAAAGCUUACCAUGAACAAAUCACCGUUGCAGAAAUAACCAACGCUUGUUUCGAACCAGCAAACUCGAUGGUCAAGUGUGAUCCUCGUCAUGGAAAGUACAUGGCUUGUUGCAUGUUGUAUCGCGGAGACGUUGUGCCUAAAGAUGUCAAUGCUGCCAUUGCUACUAUUAAAACCAAAAGAACCAUCCAGUUUGUGGACUGGUGUCCAACAGGUUUUAAAGUGGGUAUCAACUACCAACCACCAACUGUUGUACCAGGAGGUGAUUUAGCCAAGGUUCAGAGAGCAGUUUGCAUGUUGAGCAACACCACAGCCAUUGCUGAAGCCUGGGCUCGUCUAGAUCAUAAAUUUGAUCUGAUGUAUGCUAAGAGAGCUUUCGUCCACUGGUAUGUUGGUGAAGGUAUGGAAGAAGGAGAAUUCUCUGAAGCCAGAGAGGAUUUGGCUGCUCUGGAAAAGGAUUAUGAAGAAGUUGGAGCGGAAGGGGGCGAUGAUGAAGGAGAAGGAGAAGAUGAAUAUUGAACUAUGAAUCGUUUCGGAUAGUCUUACGCAAUGCGACUCCAGGGCUUAUAAUUGCGUCCAUUGAUUUCAACCUGCUGUUUUAAGACAAAAUUAAGUUGAUAUAUACUUAAUCAUAUAUACGAUUCGGCUCCAGAUUCCAUUCAAUUCAAACUUCUUUUUUUAGAUCAGAGUUAAUUAUAAAAUAUAUGUAUCUUCUAGCAUUGUAUUUACCCAAAGUUUUUCUGGUGAUACUACAUAAAGACGCCAGUUAAAAAGUGAUAUUUUUAUUUAUUUCCGGGACGAAAGGGAACAGAGAACCUUCUCCGUAAUAUAUACAUGUACUCAUGUUCAUAAUCUAAAUAGCCUAUCAGAAA